AUGGAUCGUGUGAAGCCUCAAGGCCCAGACAAGAGUGGCAGUCGCAAGAUGCACCAGGUAGAGGUCUCUCAGAGAAAGAGCCAGAAGGUGGGGCACGGCUGCGACUGCCAGCUGGGGGACCUGCAGAUCGCGGAGAUCAACUGCCUGUGGGCAUUUGUUAGGCUCUGUCAUUUCUCACAUUCCAAGCAUCGGGCACAAUCUGUGUCAAGCCACAGCGCCCCUCUCUGCACUGUCGGCGACGACGGCGGCGACAACCGUCGAGUCCCCUCAUCCUCGCUGCCUCUAGGCAUCCAUAUCCGCUAUCCUUCGCGUUCUGCCACGUUCAAACACCACCUUGCCGCACUCGUCCGGCUCUCGACACACACGUGGACUGUACCCAAGGAUGCACUGCACAGAGUCGUAUUGGAUGGCGUCGAGACCCUUGCAGGGCCUCUGAACUCCGAACCUCGCUACCACACAUUUGGAGCCUGCCCUGGCUGCAUCACAUUGAUUGCUGACACACUCUCCCAGGCCCGGAUUCCACUUGACAAGCGCCACAUCUGGUCCGGCUGGACGCCCUAA